AUUCACGAGGCAUAGUGUCUUUCCAGAGUGCGCGGCGUUCGCCUUACGCUGGAACGGCAACGGCGCACGGUUGAUCGCCGCUAGAAUAUCAAUUCGGGUCAUGCUGGACGAGCAUUAACAGAUCGUCCUCGCAAUUACCCUGCAUAAAAGAUGCCCUGCCAACAGUUCUGUGGUGUACCAGCCCUUACUAUGGCCAUCUUACAUCUGGUAGUCUCUUGCCUUGUUCAACAGCUGGCGAGUGCUGCCUUGAUACAAGACCCAGCCACUACAGAGGCGAACACUGCGAAGGGCUGCGAUUCUCUCCGGCUGGCGCAGCAAUACACCUACUGCGCUGUACCUUUUUACGUUGACUACCACGAAAAGGACGUGCCAGAACACGUGUUGUGUGCUCAGGCCCGUAUCUUCAAGCAAUGCGCUGAGAAAGCCAGUGAGACGUCUGGCUGCGCGAACCAGGAGUAUCAGCUGAGGUCCACCUUCCGAUAUUACACCGCAACUAUUCUGGCUCCCUACGUCCAACUCUGCAAGAUAGAAAUCACCGUUGAAGCCGCGAAUUCGUACCGACCGGGAACUCACGUGGUACACUCUGGAAACAAGUCCCGGAACGGCGUCCUGGGCAAGCGGCAACUCGGUGAAGACUACUACCAUGAUGAAAGCGGGCGUGAAAACUACGAUUAUCCCAACCAUCCUAAAGGCGACCUCAUAGUAGAGAAUGUUCAUGAAGUUCACAUGACCGAUCGUAGUGGUACGGACUCUUCACCACCCCGUGCAUUGGGAGGCAACCAUGAGAGCACAAUGUCAUUCACGACCGACGGGAAUGGAAGAACUAAUAACGUCACAACCAGCUCUCCUGUGCCAGUCACACGAAACACGAGUGAAACCACGCAGUCACAACCCGGUACAGCGGGCACAAACGUUGCACCUCCAGAGAAGCCUGUACCUGCUGACCUACAUACUCCGGUCCAGAAACUACCUACAGACCUUGAACUACCAGGCACCCCACCUACGGAAUACCGUGGUCGCAUUCAGCAAGUUAGCACGUGUGGACCCAUGUUCGAUCCCUCGUAUGCAUACCCAGCAGCAUGCGAGAAAAAGUUCUUUUUGCGGCGAUUCUUCACGUGUGGCAUUCACUUCCAGUCGGAGCUCGAAAUCACCGCAAACAACUGCAGCUGCUACGUAAGCUAUCUCGAGUGUAUAAAAAAGGCCAGAGAUGAGAACCAGUGCGCACAACCCGGAGCUGACGAUAAAGACCCCAUCCUAAUCUCUGUAAAGGUACUAACAGAACUGAUGUCAAGCAUAUAUGGAAAUGCCUGCUUCAACAAGUCCGGGAACGUUACAGCAAGUCGAUCGAGAUCUCGAAUUUGCUGCGACGAAGUGCGAGGACUGAAGCACGCCGUCAUGUGUUACGCCAGUUACUUCUAUUUGUCGGAUGUCAAGACACCUGCUCUGUGGCCUAGCCCUCAUGGAUCAUGCAGCCUCGUGAAUGACCUAAAGCGGUGCGCGGACUUCGCUCAACAACAGACUCAGUGCACAUCGUGUACUAUUGGCCAUCAUAUAAAACAAUUCGUUGGUGCGGUCAUUCAGCCACAUCGUUCUCAGUGCGAUACAGGUGCCACAGGAGUGCAGUCCUUGGGCGCCUAUAUGAGGGACAAUUGUGACACUCCGCGUGUUAUGAAGAGAACACUCCGCUGUUCUCUUACAUUCCAAGACAUGAUCGACCUGGAAGGAACAGUACGCCCAAAAAAUCUGCUCUGCGGACACGCAUCUCGUCUGCACGCCUGUUUGGAAGACACCGUGGCUAACACCGGUUGCAGGAACGACGCUCACGUCAGCUCACAGGUCAAGAUGUACAAAAAGAUAUUGGAAGACACUUAUGUCGUGCACUGCAAUGUUCUGGCAUUACGAGAGCGGUCCUACGUCAGACAGGCAUUCGAAUUGGCUGGGCCAGUGUCCACUUUCAGAAAUCAGCAUCAAAGCCGUGUCUUUGUACUGAAUGACGUUGACCAACCGGAGAGUGAUAACCAGGUCGAUAAGGACCAAGAACAGUAUUCCUCGAUAUUGGAGCAUGCCGCAAAGAAAUUACGCCUCCUGUCGCCUGCGGAAGUUCAGCGCUCGAAACUGGAUGUCGAAGGGAGCUGGGAAGCCCUAAACAAACUGCAAGCAGAAAAACAACGAAGAAACAGUGGUGGAAGGCAAAACGAUCAGGCAAGGUGGGUCAACAGAAAGUUUAGAUCAUGGCAAGCGUUGAAACAGCGGGCUGGACAGUCCAUCUCAGGGAUGGACAACGGUGGCUUCAGAACGAAUAUGACCAGAGACAUUGGUAGCCUUGGUGGAGAAGAACGCGGUGUCGUUAUCGGUAGAAUGCCUUCCCAACCGGCACGGGGAGUAUACCAACAUCACUCCAGCAACGUAAAUGCUCCCGAAAACAAGAAGUGGGUGUUUCAAGACGAUUACUUCCUCGGGAACGAUUACGCAGAACAUGGUCAGGUGUCAGCCAGCCAAGGCCAGUUGCAGCAGUUACCUCACCUGAACGCUGCUGUGCCAAACAUCCAGAACGUAAUGCAGGAGGUCAAUACUACUUCCACAAGUCACAGUAAUGGUACCCAGUGCUCGCAAGAAAAAUUACAUCCCGCUACGCGGCAGUGUGAGGACAGUCUUCUGACUCUGAUGUCACGGUGGCCCAUGAAAGCAAACCACACCUCGAUACAGUCCAGCGAUGAACAUGGAAAAUCCCUCGUCUGUGGGGACAUCGCCAGUUACAAGGACUGUAUGUUGCGUGCGCUGAAGUCCAGCGGCUGUUUUCGUCAAGAAGUAAUGCAGGCAAUCAUAACGGAAAAAGGCAGCUCUCUUCACCUCCCUAUGUGCUCUACAGCCCCUCGGAUUUUGCCCGAACUCACAUUGCUGGGAAUCAUUGCAGGUCUUUCCUAUAGUGUAUCUACCUGAAAUAGACGGGUCGACAUGCACACUACAGGGCCAUUAUAACUACGGAGGUUUCAAAUUAAAUAUGAUUCACUUUUU